AUGCCUAAAGUAAAACCUAAAUUGAAAAACUCCUUUAAAAAACUUCAAAAAGAUGAACAAUUAAAAAAUAAUAGAUCUAGGUUACAUCUACCACACCUAAAACCAAAAGCAACUCAAACUCAUAUUAUUAAUAAUUCAAUUUCCCAACCUUCAUUUUUAUAUAAACCUGAACAUAAAAUUUUAUUGAUAGGAGAAGGUAAUUUUAGUUUUGCUCAUUCACUAAUAGAAAACGUAUUACCUGCCGCGCAUUCAAUCAUAGCAACCUCAUAUGACAGUGAACAAAUUGUUUAUGAAAAAUAUAAAGAUUCAAAAGAACAUAUAGACUCGAUAAAAUUUUUUGGUUUAGGGAUUAAAGAUCAAGAUCGUAAUAUAUUAUCAAAUCAAAAUCUUAUAAAAUCAUUCUUUAACUCAUCAAUACCAUUCCUAACUUCACAAUUAUUAUACUCUGAUGACAGCAAUGGUGAAAUUCACAUCACUAUAAAAUCUGGUUUACCAUAUGAUGAUUGGAAUGUUAAAAAGUUAGCAAAAAGUACAGGUUUAUUGCUCGUAAAGACAACCAUGUCAUUUUCCCCUGAUAAUUACCCAGGUUAUGUACAUAGAAGAACUUUGGGUUAUAAAGAUGGGCAAACUGCUGAUCCACCAGAAAGAACACCUUGCACUUUUCUAAACAUUACUACAAAUAAAAUAUAUAACUUGAACCCUUUGACAAAAUCUAGUGGUGAUGAUUGGAUAGUUGAGGGAUAUGAUACAGGUUAUACUUUCAGAAUAAAUAUUUGUCAUGAGCUUCUAUACGACGUUGGUACGAAAGUUGGUAUUUGGGGUGAAAAAGAAAAUGAAAGAGGAGGUGAUAAAGUUAUAUUAAAAUAUAAAUAUGGUAAUUACUGUCCAGGAGAUAAUGCCAAACGUUCGUCUUUAAUUAGUUUUACUUGUGAUCAAUCUGUCAAUGGAAUUGGAUCACCAACUUUCGUUGAUACGGAUGAUUGUACAUAUUUUUUCGAAUGGAGAACUCCUGUCGCGUGUCCUACAGAUGUUACAAACGCUACAAUGAGUGGUUUAGGUGUCUUUUUCACAAUUUUCAUAAUUGCAUUGAUUGUGUAUUUGAUUGGCGGUAUUGUCUAUAAUAGAAUGGAUAUGUUUUUGAGUCUAUUUGUUCAAUGUUCGAUAUUUAAACCUAAACACUCCAGGAGAAGUUAUACAAAUUUACCUGGAGAUGAAUCUAAUGUAUUAAUUAGUGAUGAUUUCGAGGAACAUUAA